CUCUACUAGUGUAAAAUAACAUUUGUGUUUUUUAACUCUGUAAUUACAAUAAAGAGUUGAUAUAUUAGCACAUAAUUCUAUAAAAUAAGUCUUGAUUUUAUCAAUAAACAUGAAGAUGGUUAAUCAAACUGCAUGGAUCUUUCUUCUUCUUGCAACUUCAAUGACACCUAUUCAUAUGGCUUUAAGAGAACCAGUGCCAUACUCGAGCCCAUUUAAUGAUUUUGGCUCAGAAUUUCAAAACCGUUUCAUGAUGUCAAGAUUUCCUCGUAUGCCAAGUUUUAAUUUUGAUUACUUUGAUCAAAUGCUACCUCGAAUGAAUCAAUUCGAACAAAUACUACAAAACCUCAUAGAAAUAAUGAAUAAUCAAUUUGAAGAAGGAAUAAAAAAUGGCACAGCUAAAAUAACAACGGUGUGCUGUGUUAAUGGAAAUUGUAUAACUGUAAAUGGAUACUAUGAUUGUUCAAACUAUGAUGGCACUAAUAAUAAUGUGGUUGAAAAUAACAAUGGCCAAAAUUCACAACAAACAUUAGAAAAUCCUUUGAACAUCCAAGAAAUAGUUGAUGAAAAUAAUCAAAAUAAUCAAAUGAUACAAGAACCAUCUUCUACUGGUCAUAUAACUCAGAAUCCAACUUUAAAUGAUCAAACAACUCAACUUGAACCUGAUAAUACCCAAGCACAAUAAAUGUCUACAUUUGAUUUUAGUAAAUAGUUAAAACAAUAUCACAGAAAACUCUUUAUUAUAUAAUUUUGAUUUAUUUCGAUUAAUAAUAACUAAUAAAUACAUUGUAAAUGCACCCUAGAUAUUACCAUGAAAACAUAUUUAUGUGUAAAAUAUCUUGAAAUUAUAUACAUUAUAUGAUAUUGUUGGACGA